GACUCUGAAUGAGUAUUGAGUGGGUAGUGAUAAACCCUAAUUCAUGAAAUUGAAAUUGGAAUAACAACUGUGGUUUUGAUUUUGGGGAUUUUUCCUCUUUCGAAGGCAUGGAUUCGUCCCCUCCCUCAAAGCGACGUCGUCAGAGCAAAGACGGCGAGGUUGAAGCAUCAACGGUUCAAGAGAUGUCACCGGUGGUGAUCUUCGCUCACGGUGCUGGUGCUCCUUCCUCUUCCGAUUGGAUGCUAAGAUGGAAAACUAUGUUGAAGGAGGCUCUGCAUGCUGCUGAUGUUGUCACUUUUGACUAUCCUUACAUGGCUGGUGGGAAAAAGAGGGCUCCUCCCAAGGCAGAAAAACUGGUGGAGUUUCACGCGAAUAUUGUAAAGGAAACUGCAACUAAGUACCCUGGUCAUCCCCUGAUACUGGCAGGAAAAUCAAUGGGUUCAAGAGUUGGAUGCAUGGUGGCUAGCAUGGAGGACAUCAAGGUUUCUUCUGUAGUAUGCUUGGGCUAUCCGUUAAAGGGAAUCAAUGGUGCAGUUAGAGAUGAAACACUGUUACAGCUAAAAGUUCCUACAAUGUUUGUACAGGGCAGCAAGGAUGGUCUCUGUCCACUUGAGAAGUUAGAUGCCACUAGGAAGAAAAUGAAAGCAGUUAACGAGCUGCAUGUCAUUGAAGGUGGUGACCACUCUUUCAAGAUUUCUAAGAAGCAUCUGGAAGCAAAUGGUUCGACCCAACAGGAAGCUGAAGAUGUAGCUGUGCAGGCCAUUGCCGCAUUCAUUUCCAGAUCUCUUGAUGGAUGAUGAAUGACGCACCAUUUGUUGCUUCUGUAGUGUAUCAAGGUUUGUAUAUAUAAUUCGGUGUAUUUUGCUCGGUAGUAAUUUAGGUCUUGUUCUGGUUAGUGGGCUAUGACUAUGUUUUUUGAUAUUUUCCCCUUGUUAGCAGAGUAGACAUAUGAAU